GUCAGACUCAAGAAUGUGUUCGGUCAGCUGAUCCGGCAGCGCUGACUAGGGCCACAUACCGCAGCAUCCGCUGUCCUGAGGCAUGCGCCCAGGGGUCAGACACUGAUCCGGUACCGCACAGUGUUCUCCAUUCAACAGAAGCCCCCAAGCGUCUGACAGUCGAUGCCCCUGACGACUUUACAAUGGCUCAUGACUACCACAUCUUCAAGUCAAGAAGCCAUCAACGUCCCACUGUCCUGGGGCCUUCCAUCUUUAGAGACCCAUGGGAACUAUACCGGAGAAGAAGCUGACUGCCGAGAAGUGGGGAAGAUAAAUGUCUCCCUCCGCUGUGAUUUUAUCAGGAGGACUUCAGAUUGCAAUGACACGGAUGGAUAUUUUAGCUAUCUGGAUGGGGCGUUCUGCAGUUUUCCUCCUGAACUGUUUCCCUUUGCUAUCUUCCUGUAUGCCCUAUGGCUCCUCUACCUCUUCAUAAUCCUUGCAGUGACUGCAGAGAAAUUCUUUUGUCCGAAUUUGUCUGCAAUCUCCCGAACGCUCAGACUGUCCCAUAAUGUAGCUGGUGUCACAUUUCUUGCCUUUGGCAACGGUGCUCCUGAUGUGUUCAGUGCGGUUGCUGCUUUCUCCGACUCGAGAACUGCUGGGUUAGCCAUAGGUGCCCUUUUUGGUGCUGGUGUAUUUGUCACCACUGUGGUGGCUGGAGGCAUUGCGCUGGUGAAACCAUUUACAGCCGCUUCUCGUCCCUUUCUGAGAGACAUUGUGUUUUAUAUGUCUGCCGUUUUCCUCACAUUUUAUGUGCUCUAUCGGGGUUAUGUAAGCUUGCCAGAUGUUUUAGUGUAUUUGUUGCUCUACCUGGCUUAUGUCCUUGUGGUUGUCCUUUCCACCUGGGUCUAUCAGAGAAUGCGUUAUCAGCUAUUGUCUGCCCCCAGCUUAGAUGAACCAGAGUUUCGAACAGACACAGAAGAAAACUCAACCCCCACCCCUCAUGGCUCAGAGUAUGGAGAUGAGUAUCAGCCAUUAUUGCCAGUACAAAACACUACGUGGCAGAUCCUGUUGGAAGGAAUUAAUCCAGUGGACUCAAGAAAGUGGAGACAGAAACGCUGGUAUUGGAAAAUAUUAAAAUCUUUCAAGGUUCCUAUAGAGGUUUUGCUGCUACUCUGUGUGCCAGUUGUGGACCCAGAUAAAGAAGAUCGCAACUGGCAGAGACCCCUGAACUGCCUACAUGUAAUCACCAGCCCACUUCUCUGUCUAUUUUCUCUACACUCAGGAGCUUAUGCAUAUAUCGUUAUUCAGGGAGCGCUUCCAGUGUGGGCCCUUUUGCUGCUGAUUGGAAGUCCUUUGUCACUUAUUAUUUUCUUUACCACCAGGAACGGAGAACCCCCAAAAUAUCACUGCAUCUUUUCCUUUAUGGGAUUUAUUACAAGCGCACUUUGGAUAAGUGCUGCAGCAACUGAAGUAGUUAGCCUUUUGCGCACCUUCGGAGUCAUCUUCCGCCUGAGUAAUACAGUUUUAGGUCUAACUUUGCUUGCCUGGGGAAAUAGUAUUGGAGAUUUUAUAUCUGACCUUACACUGGCUCGCCAAGGCUAUCCGCGCAUGGCGUUCUCUGCCUGCUUUGGAGGGAUCAUCUUCAAUGUUCUCAUAGGAGUUGGCCUGGGUUGUCUUCUACAGAUGGGUCCAAGUUACAAAUUACAGCUUGAAGCACAAGGUCUUUUGGGGUGGAUCCUAGCCGGCGGUCUUGGAAUCAGUCUAGUUUUCUCCCUAAUAGCAGUACCCAUACAGUGCUUUCACCUACGAAGAGGAUAUGGGAUUGCCCUAUUCUUCCUCUAUGGGCUCUUUCUCGUUGUUGCACUUUUAACUGAAUUUGGAGUCAUCAGACUAUAAAACUUUUGAUGUGGAUGAACAGAUCAAUGGAAUAACUUACAGACUAGAAAAAUACAAAUUGGCACCUUUCUUUCACCUCUGCUCCAGACCACGUCCUUACUGGCUGCAUUAUUGUCUCAGGGUGUUAUUUGGCGGUUUAUUUAAUUUUUUGAGACACACAAUCAAGAUGUUUUACUAUUUGUUAUUUAAAAGGGAAACCAGCAUGUGUUUUUGUUUUUUAUUUUAUGAACUUUUUUUUUUUUUUUACAAAACAAUUGCACAAUCUUGAAAUGACUGAUAUAUUUUUUAUUCAUAUUGUGAGCUGCACCUACAUGCGGUAACCAAUGCAAUUAUGCUCAAAUACUUUGUGAGGAUAUAUUUUAUAUAUGUAUUUUUUUUUUUAAUAAAGCUGUUCCUUGU